UAGGUUUCAGGAUGAAGCAGCAAUCGCUCCUCAGCUUCUUCUCGCCGCCGGCCAAGAAGCCGCCGGCCGACGGGGACGCCAAGGGAGGAACGCCUUCGACGCCAGCGAAGAAGCCGCCGGCGACGACCACAUCCUCGGCCGCCAAGGCCAAGUCGACGCCAGCCAAGUCACCUGUGGCCAAGAUGGCGCCGGCCAAGUCGACGCCAGCCAAGGCAACGCCGGCGAAAUCAACGCCAGCCAAGACAACACUGACCAAGGCGGAAGCGAGCACGCCACGGGUCGAGCUCACGCCACGAGCCAAGCCGCGGAAAUCGUACAAGGACGUCCUUGGCUCGAGUUCGGAAGGCGAGUCGGACGACGACGAGCCGCUCACCAAGAAACGCAAGCGCCUCACCAAGCCGCAGUCCAAGGCGAUUGCGAUCUCGGACGACGACGAGGAAGAGUGGAACGAGCCGCAAAAGGACGUGGUCAUGAUCGAGAGCGACGACGGUAGCGUCAGUCUUGCGAGCGAGAGCGAAGAAGACGAGAAACCCGUCAAGAAGGCCAAGUCAAAGACACCUAUGACCAAGAAGGCGCCUCUGAAAGCGGCCAAAGCACCGACCAAGGCGUCGACGGCGACGCCGCCAGCUGGCAGCGGUGGCACGCUCCGGCAGCACGACGCGUGGCCAUGGCUCCACGCCGAGCGCAUGGACAUGAAGAAGCGCAAGCCGUCCGACCCCGAGUACGACGCCCGAACCAUCUACGUGCCCGACGCGUUCUUGAGCAAGGAGACGCCGGCCAUGCAGCAGUGGUGGGCGGUCAAGCGUGAGAAUAUGGACACGGUCCUCUUCUUCAAGGUCGGCAAGUUCUACGAGCUCUUCCAUAUGGACGCCGACAUUGGGUUCAAGGAGCUCCAGCUCAACUACAUGAAGGGCGAGAAGGCGCACUCGGGCUUUCCCGAGAAGGCGUACGCCAAGUACUCGUCGCAGCUUGUCGCGCGCGGGUACCGCGUCGCGCGCGUCGAGCAGACCGAGACGCCCGAGAUGCUCAAAGCGCGCGGCACCAAGUCCAAGGUCGUGCGCCGCGAGAUCUGCUCGCUCUUGUCGCCUGGCACCAACACGAUCAGCUUUCUCGAUGGGUCGACGCCACUGCUUCGGACCGGCGUCGCCUCGUACUUGCUCGCGCUCAAGGAAGACGAGACGUCGUACGGCCUUUGCCUCGUCGACUGCACGACCGGCGCGUUUCUCCUGGGGCAGUUUGAGGAUACACUGCAGCGCGACCGGCUGCGCACGGUGCUGGCCCAAUUCCACAUUGCAGAGAUCGUCCACGAGCGCCACGGGCUCUCGAAAGAAACCAAAGCCGUGCUCAACCACGGCCUCGCGACCUCGACGUGCAUCCGCACCGAGCUCAAAGCCGGCGCAGAGAUGUGGGAUGCGACCCGCACCUUGCGCGAGCUCCAAUCGGCGGCGUAUUUUGCGGCCGAGGCCUGGCCACACGUGCUUUCGGCCUGCGUCGACUCGGACGGGACGGUCAAGGCGGAGAAGGCGCUGGCGCUCGGUGCGCUCGGCGGGUGCGUCUGGAACCUCCGCCGGAGCUUGAUCGACCACGAGCUUCUCUCGCUCGGGCAGUUUGCGACGUAUACGCCGCCGGACGCCUCGGGCGCCCUCACGCAGCGCUACGUGGUGCUGGACGGACACACGAUCUCGAACCUCGAGCUCUUGCGCAACAACUACAACGGGACGCGCCAAGGGUCGCUGCUCGAGCAACUCGACAAGACGAUCACGGGCUUUGGGAAGCGGCGGUUUGAAGAGUGGCUCCUCAAGCCGCUCUGCCACGUCGACGAGAUCCAUGCGCGGUUGGACGCAGUUGCCGACCUCAUUGCGCUCCACCACAGCGUCGUGCUGGAAGUCCGGAGCAUUCUCAAGAGCCUUCCAGACCUCGAGCGCCUCUUGUCCCGGAUCCAUGCGCUGGGGUCGGCGCACCGCGCGCAGACGCACCCGGACGGCCGUGCCAUCAUGUACGAGCUCGCGUCCUACAACGUGCGCAAGAUCAAGGACUUUGUCGCGGCGCUCAAUGGCUUCAAAGCGGCGAUCCGUAUCGUCGAUCUGCUCCGCGAUGCGGUGACGGCACCGGUCCUUACCGCGUGGGUCAGCUCGUACCCGGAUGUCUCGGAGGUCCUGUCGUUCUUCGAUGCAGCGUUUGACCACCGCCAGGCGCUGCAAUCCGGAACGAUCCAGCCGCAGGCCGGUGUCGACGCCGACUACGACGACGCGGCCAACGAGGUCGCGAAUGUACUUGACGAGCUCGACGCGUAUCUGCAGUCGCAGCGGUCGGCGCUGAAAUGCAAGUCGAUCGUGUACUGGGGCACGAAACGCGAAGACCGCUUCCAGCUCGAAGUGCCCGAGUCGGCGAUCGGGUCGCAUCAACCCAAGGCGUACGAGCUCAAGAGCAAGAAGAAGGGCUUCAAACGCUUCCACACGCCCGAGAUCCGCGACUUGCUGCGGCGCCUCAUGGCCGCGGAAGACCGCAAGGAAGACGCGCUGAAAGACCAGACGCGCAAGAUGUUUGCGACCUUUGACGCGCAGUACGCUCAGUGGCUCGCGGCCGUCCACGCGCUGGCGACGCUCGACUGCCUCGUUAGCCUCGCGCUUAUUUCGGGUCAGAGCGACGGGUACGUCCGGCCCACCUUUGUCGACGCCGACGACGACACUGGACCCUUUCUCGAGAUUGUCGAGGGCAAGCACCCGAGCAUCGCCGCGUCCGUGCCGGAUUUCAUUCCAAACGACACGCAUUUGCGCGGAUCGACGCCGAUGCUACUGCUGAGCGGACCCAACAUGGGCGGCAAGUCGACGCUCCUCCGGCAAAACUGCAUCCUCGUGCUCAUGGCGCAAAUGGGCUGCUACGUGCCUGCGACGUCGUGCACGCUGACGCCGGUGGACCGUAUCUUUACCCGCCUCGGCGCCUCCGACCGUAUUCUCGCGGGUCAGAGUACACUCUUUGUUGAGCUCGCCGAGACAGCGACGAUCCUCCGGCAUGCGUCGCGCCACUCGCUCGUGAUUCUCGACGAGCUCGGCCGCGGCACGUCGACGUUUGACGGGACAGCCAUCGCGUAUGCCGUCGUCGAGCAUCUCUUGCACGGGAUUGGGUGCCGCACGAUGUUUGCGACGCAUUACCACUCGCUGGUCGAAGAGUACAUUGAGAACGACCGCGUCGGCCUCGGCCACAUGGACUGUAUGGUCGACCCGACCAACGACGCCAAGGUCGUCUUCCUCUACAAGCUCGCAGACGGCAUUUGCCCCAAGAGCUACGGCCUCAACGUCGCGACGCUCGCCGAGCUUCCGGAGAGUGUCAUCCAGCUCGCAGGCGCCAAGUCGGCCGAGUUUGAAGACGCGCUCAAGAAUACGUUUGCGUGCUCGGAGCUGCAGUCGGCCGUGCGCAACGCCGCGGCGGCAGGCGACGGUGCCGCCCUCCGCGCGCUCUGGACGAGUCUUGCCUAGUUGGUUCUCUGCAUGUAUUCUUUGUUUAUAUACACGAACCAUUGUUAUUUCUCG